UUGUUAUCUUAAGACACUCAUCUGGUGUCUGAGUCUGCAGGUGACACUGCUUAGGUACGGAGCGCGGAGUCGGAGCAGGGACGCGCCUGGGCUGCAGCCCUGGGAUGGAAUCCACCUGCCUCGGAAGCUGCUCGCGGCUGCUCCGGCAGCGCCUCCGCUGAGCUCGGAGGCUCCCGUUAACACUUGCCCAGGGACGUGCACCUGCCUUACCGCGCGAGCGCAGGGGCAGGUCUGCAGGCGGCCGGCAGAGCAGUGGAGCCGGAGGAACUGUCUUCGCCCAGGUGCAAGGCAGUGAUUUCGGGAGAAGGAGCGGGCGGGUGAGUCUCUUUAGAGUUGGAAGGAAAGCAAGAUCUUGGGUUUCUCUUCCGUGGAGGGACGGGGGACUCCCCCAGCUGGGUUUUGCACUUUCCUUCCCUCUUCCACCCGCGUGCGCCCCGGCCUGGCGCUGAAGCCCCACUUCAGACAUGCUUUGGGCGACGGGGACCCUCGCUGCUCAGCAGGAAGGCAGCAGGCAAGUGGUCUAACGGCGGCGGCAGCAGCAGCAAAGCGGGGAGCAAGAGAAUUAUUUGAAAAGAGACAUCCGCUCCCUCUCAAACGCUGAGGGGGAGGCAUUCGCGUUUCCCCAAAUGAGAAAGAGCCACAAGAAAUCAUGAAGUAAAAACUUUGGAAAGCUGCCACUGGAGAUGUUGCACAAAACCCUGGAAUCUUUUAGGAGUCUCCUCCCAGUCGGUGGAGGUUUGGGGAGCAGCUGAUACAGCAAGGAGGGCUCUUGCAAGGAUUCAAGUUCCAGGAGCCCUGGAGGAGCGGCACAGAGCGGGGGAGCGUGGCGAGAGAAUGAAGAAACCAACCGCCCGGGAGAAGCAUGAGGCGGCAGUGCGGCACUCGGCUUAGAGGGCUCGGGCGGGCGGCGGCCCCAUGGGCGACCCUGCUGGCGCUGGGCCUCCCGGGCUGGGUGCUGGCGGUCUCGGCCACGGCCGCCGCCGCCGCGCUCCCCGAGCAGCAUGCCCCCUCCGCCGGCCAGCCGCCCCUGGACUGGCUCCUCACCGACCGCGGCCCCUUCCACCGCGCCCAGGAGUAUGCCGACUUCAUGGAGCGCUACCGCCAGGGUUUCACCACCAGGUACAGGAUCUACAGGCUUCACCCCCAGCGACCUUGUUCCAGCACCAGUGAAUGUGGUUGUUCUCCUGGGUCCAGUGGCGCCUUUGUCUUUGGGGAAGUCACACAGCCUCUACCAGAUGUCCUCUCGGCUUGUGGCCUGAAGACCCUGGACUCCACUCUGCUCCUGGGGAUUCACCCUUCUCACCAGAGCUCCGCCAGGGAGUUUGCCCGUUGGAAAGUAAACAACUUGGCUCUGGAAAGGAGGGACUUCUUCAGUUUGCCAUUGCCUCUUGCCCCAGAAUUUAUCCGGAACAUCCGCCUCCUCGGAAGGAGACCCAACUUGCAACAGGUUACUGAAAACCUGAUAAAAAAGUACGGCACUCAUUUCUUACUUUCUGCCACCCUUGGAGGAGAAGAGUCCCUCACCAUUUUUGUGGACAAGCGGAAACUGAGCCGCAAGACAGAGACAGCAGGAAGUGCACCUGUAGUUGGGGGCAGUGGGAACAGCUCUGCCGUGUCCCUGGAGACUUUGCACCAGCUGGCAGCCUCCUACUUCAUCGACAGAGAGAGCACUCUGAGGCGGCUGCACCACAUCCAGAUAGCCACGGGGGCCAUCAAGGUCACGGAGACCAGGACGGGCCCUCUGGGCUGCAGCAACUACGACAAUCUGGACUCAGUCAGCUCUGUCCUGGUACAGAGUCCGGAGAACAAAGUGCAGUUACUGGGCCUACAGGUGCUGCUGCCCGAGUACCUGCGUGAGCGCUUUGUGGCGGCGGCACUCAGCUAUAUCACAUGCAGCUCUGAGGGGGAGCUCGUCUGCAAGGAGAAUGACUGUUGGUGCAAGUGCAGCCCCACCUUCCCAGAAUGCAACUGUCCGGAUGCUGACAUCCAGGCCAUGGAGGACAGCCUGCUGCAGAUCCAGGACUCUUGGGUGACUCACAACCGGCAGUUUGAGGAGUCAGAGGAAUUCCAGGCCCUGCUGAAAAGGCUGCCUGGAGACAGGUUCCUGAACUCCACAGCCAUCUCCCAGUUCUGGGCCAUGGACACCAGCCUGCAGCACCGCUACCAGCAGCUGGGAGCCAGCUUGAAAUUGCUGUUCAAGAAGACCCACCGGAUUGUCCGCAGGCUCUUCAACCUCUGCAAGCGCUGCCACCGGCAGCCUCGCUUCCGCCUGCCCAAGGAGAGGUCCUUGCCCUAUUGGUGGAAUCGCAUCCAGUCCCUCCUCUACUGUGGAGAAAGCACCUUCCCCGGCACCUUCCUGGAACAGAGCCACAGCUGCACCUGCCCCUAUGACCAGUCUUCCUGCCAGGGCCCCAUCCCCUGUGCCUUGGGCGAAGGGCCCGCGUGUGCCCACUGUGCUCCGGACAACAGCACGCGCUGUGGGGGCUGUAACCCAGGCUACGUGCUGGCCCAGGGGUUGUGCCGGCCAGAGGUGGCCGAGUCCCUGGAGAACUUUCUGGGGCUGGAGACAGACCUGCAGGACCUGGAGCUGAAGUACCUGUUGCAGAAGCGGGACAGCCGCAUCGAGGUGCACUCCAUCUUCAUCAGCAACGACAUGCGUCUGGGCAGCUGGUUUGACCCUUCCUGGAGGAAGCGCAUGCUGCUCACGCUGAAGAGUAACAAGUACAAGCCUGGGCUGGUGCACGUGAUGCUGGCCUUGUCCCUGCAGAUCUGCCUCACCAAGAACAGCACCCUGGAGCCUGUCAUGGCCAUCUACGUCAACCCGUUUGGGGGCAGCCACUCUGAGAGCUGGUUCAUGCCCGUGAAUGAGGGCAGCUUCCCCGACUGGGAAAGGACUAACGUGGACGCAGCUGCCCAGUGCCAAAACUGGACUAUCACCUUGGGGAACAGGUGGAAGACCUUCUUUGAGACAGUCCAUGUUUACCUACGGAGCCGAAUCAAGUCCCUGGAUGACAGCUCCAAUGAGACAAUCUACUACGAGCCCCUGGAGAUGACCGAUCCCUCCAAGAACUUGGGCUACAUGAAAAUCAACACCUUGCAGGUCUUUGGCUACAGCCUCCCCUUUGACCCGGAUGCUAUCCGGGACUUAAUUCUCCAGUUAGACUACCCGUACACUCAAGGUUCCCAGGACUCUGCCCUCUUGCAGCUUAUAGAGCUUAGGGACCGGGUAAACCAGCUCUCUCCCCCGGGCAAAGUCCGACUUGACCUUUUCUCCUGCUUGCUCCGGCAUCGGCUCAAGCUGGCCAACAACGAGGUGGGCAGGAUCCAGUCCUCCCUGAGGGCUUUCAAUUCUAAGCUGCCAAACCCUGUGGAGUACGAGACAGGCAAACUGUGUAGCUAAUGGGGGCCCCACUCCAGGGCUGGGCAGGGAGGUGAUCCAUGAAUCCAGGGUGCAAAGGUCAUCCAAGCCCUCACCUUAGUGCCAACAGGGUUCUCCCUUGAGACUUUCCGCACCCAGCCGAUGGGACCUCAGGGCGUGGACUAAAGCAGGCAGGAGAGAAAGAGACCAUCACCGCACGCGUGUACACGCUCACCAUGUGCGUGCACACACGCGCGCGCAUACACAUACACUCUCUCACUCACACAGGGAGGCUACGACUCAGCAGCCUCGAAUCUGUGAAGUCGGUGCUUUCAAAUGCAUGCAGUUGAAGGAGAGGAGCCAAGGGAGAGAUUAAGAAAAAGAACCAGCCAAACCGUGAAAACAAAAUCCUUAAAAAGUGAUUCUUAUCAUUCAAGAAAGCAAGAGGGGGCAUGGGGGUAGGAACAGGAGCAGUUCCCCCUCCCCCACCAUCGAGUCACUUUUGUAUUCUUUUUAACCAGGUUUCUUAAAAUGGCGUUGUUUCGUGAUCCCCCCAGCGUUGGUUCUUACUUUUUGUAUGCUGCCUCCUCUGUGCCCUCCCAGACACUGACUGCUUCUCAAGCCGGCUCCCCUGAGACACUCAAGGUGACACCAACAGAGGACCGUAAGGGCAGACAGGCAGGCUUGCUCUGCUCUCCACUCCUCCCUCCCUCCAGCCCCCUUGCUUCCUCAGCCCCCCUACUUUGUUCCACAUUCCCCUCGUGGUCCAGCCGGAACUCCUCUUCCAAUGGCACCCGUCCUGUCCAAGAAAGCAGCUCUGUCAAGUUAGAAAGAGACAAUGUAUAGGGAAAUGUUCUUUUUUAAAAACAAAACAAAAAUAUUUAUUUUGUGAUUGUUUUCUUUGUCAAUCUGCUCCAGCCACAUGAACGUAUGAGUAAAAGUUUACCUGGUUUAA